ACGAGGCUGCGAUAACAGGCGUAUUAUAGUCAGAGAUAGAGAGGGAGACGUGUAACUCGUGGCGCACGUUAGCUAGAAGCAUGUCUUGUGGUUUGUUUCCGGAAGAAAGAGAGAAAGAAAGUUAUCAAGAAGAAGAAGCUCACCGUUUUCUCUGAUCUUAUCCACUGAUCUUGCUUCUUCCUUCUUCUCGUCGUUUUUGCUUCCGAUCUCUCUCGAUUUUAUCAUUUCCGUACAUCUUAGGGUUUGCUCCGCUAAUUGAUUUAUAAAGGAGCUUAGUUGAUCUUUCUGUCUCCAAAAUCAUUGUUAUCUACCCUUGGGAUGAUGAUGCGUACCGUCUCUCUACCAUUGUCUCAUGAUCUAAAUGUUCAUAGAUUCCGUGAAGCUUCUGGAUACCAUCAUAGUGUUGUUGGUGGUAAAAAUCGUGUGUAUCUUACAAGGACAGGUCUUUCAUCAUGUACCACGAGACAAGACGUUUGGAGUCUUCAGCUUCUGGAGAGUUUGAGUGGUUCAAUAGCACCUGUAUCAUCUAGGUGUAAUGCAUUCGUUUGCCGAGCAUCUCUCUUUCCAGGGAGUGGAAAUGAAGGUCCCAUUGUUAAAUCAACUGCAGUGAUAUUCACAAGGGCAUUUGAUGCUUUACGUGGAAAUCCUCAUUUAAUGAAACUGAUUCCAGCAGUUGGGAUUCUUGCAUUUGCUACAUGGGGGCUUAGACCUCUUCUGGGCUUUGCCAGAGCUACCCUGUUUGAGAAGAAGAAUGAUGCAAAUUCACACAAGAGUAGCACACAAUACAUUGUUGUGUCAUAUCUUCAGCCUUUGCUGCUUUGGAGUGGAGCACUCCUUUUAUGCAGAACAUUGGACCCAAUAGUAUUGUCUUCAAGUGCCAGCCAGGCUGUUAAAACUCGCCUUCUUAGCUUUGCGCGGUCCAUGUCAACGGUGUUGGCAUUUGCCUGCUGUUUAUCAAGUCUACUUCAGCAGGCGCAGAAAUUUUUUAUGGAGACAAAUAAUCCUGCUGAUACCAGAAAUAUGGGUUUCAGUUUUGCUGGCAAAGCCGUUUACACUGCUGCAUGGGUCGCUGCUGCUUCAUUGUUUAUGGAGCUAUUGGGUUUCUCUACCCAAAAGUGGCUAACAGCUGGAGGUUUGGGGACAGUAUUGCUCACUCUUGCUGGUCGUGAGAUACUUACAAACUUUCUUUCCAGCAUUAUGAUUCAUGCUACUCGGCCUUUUGUUCUGAAUGAGUGGAUUCAGACCAAGAUAGGAGGCUAUGAAGUUUCUGGCACAGUAGAGCACGUCGGUUGGUGGUCACCUACAGUUAUCAGAGGUGAUGACCGUGAAGCAGUUCAUAUUCCUAACCACCAGUUCAGUGUAAAUAUUGUGAGGAAUCUAACUCAAAAGACGCAUUGGCGCAUCAAAACACAUCUUUCCAUCAGUCAUCUUGAUGUCAGCAAAAUUAAUAAUAUCGUGGCUGAUAUGCGCAAAGUUUUGUCUAAAAAUCCUCAAAUCGAGCAGCAAAAAAUACAUAGAAGAGUCUUUUUGGAGGAUAUAGAUCCAGAAAACCAAGCCCUUAGGAUCCUGAUAUCCUGUUUUGUAAAGACUUCACGUUUUGAAGAAUACCUCUGUGUUAAGGAAGCAGUACUCUUGGAUCUUCUUAGAGUCAUUAGUCAUCAUGGAGCACGUCUAGCAACUCCCAUUCGCACAGUUCAGAGAAUGCGUCAUGAGGCUGAAGUGGACAGCGCAGCAUUUUCAGACAUAGUUUACAAUCAAGCAGCUAUGAACCGCCGAUUCAUGCUGAUUGAACCGUCCUACAAAAUCAAUAACGAUGACAACGGAAAGUCCUCACCAAACUCAGUGCAGAAAAUUGAAGAAAACGACCCUCAAGGAGAACCAUCGGAAACCAAGGCUGAAACAGAAAACAACGUACCAGUAUCAGUUUCAAACGCCAAAAAGGAGAAACCGAAAGUGGCUAUUGGUUCCAACUCCAGUACAGGCAUUAAGGAUUCACCAACCUCAACAUCAGAUCAGCCAGUAGAACAGAAGUCAGAAGAGAAGAAGAAAGAGAGCUUGGGAGAGUCGAGUAAAGCAGAGAAGGAUGAAGUUUCUGAUGGCGAAGGUGCAACAGAGCAGACACUGAAACCAAAAGCAAGACAAGGGACCGAGAAGACCAGCGGAGGAGAUCAGAAAGCUCGAGAUGGUGGUGGCUCCGGUACCAGCUCGUCUCUAGAGGAGAAUAUAGUUCUUGGUGUUGCGUUGGAUGGCUCAAAGCGUACACUUCCGAUUGAUGAGGAACUCGAGGCAUCUGGUGCGUUAAUGGAAUCUGAAGAACUUGGUGUUGCAUCAGACUGAGUGUAGGACAACAAGAGAGGUAUAAAGAAAUUUGGGUUCCAAGCAAUUUAGUGCAUUUGUAGAGAAAGUAACAAAAGGCAAAAGGAGGAAUGAGCGCGACUCUGUUGAUUUUUUUUUUUUCAAGCGUAGAGGUUUGCGCCAUUUCAUGUGUAAAUAAUUACAUCACCAGUGCCUAAAAACUCAAAAAGUAGUCUGUUUCGAAUGGCUU